AUGCUGCAUGUUGGCAAUGUAGUAAGGUUGUACUUGGAGGAAGAAAAACGGACCGACAAAGACUAUGUGGCGACGGUGGAGGAAUAUCGACAGGUUUCAUCCUUAACGACUUGUUACGAAUGGAUAGCUUACUCCGCCCUCUGUGGAUUGUGCAAAGAUUUGGUUUCGAAGGACGCCUUCGAGUGUCUGCUCUCCAAACCAGCCAUGCUGAUCCCUGCAACCGACCAGUGUCGUCUCCAGGAUGACAUUGCUGACAACAUGGUGCACUACUUGACCGACCCUUCGGAUCACGACUUAUCGAUGUCGAUGAUGACAGAGGAUGAGAAAGAAAAGAAGGCUACACUUGUGGAAUGUUACAUGAAGCAGUACGAUGUCUCACAACAAGAGGCGACUAAGGCCAUGGAUGAUUUCAUUGAAGAGGACUGGAUGAUAAUGAACGAGGAGCUGUUGAACCCACCGCCGAAUGUACCCAUACAACUUCUUAUGGUGCUUCUCCGUUUUGCCAAGAACAUGGAUACGCUCUACAAGGACUAUGAUGGCUACACGCACUGUGACACAAACGCAAAGGAUACAAUCACGAUUCUUAUUGUUACUCCCAUGGUCAUUUCAUGA